AAAGGAUAGUGGCGGUGUUGCUAUGGCUUGCUAGCUUGUUUCCUCUGCGCGUUCACAGGUGUUGCCAUACAGCGCGUUAGCUAAAGACAAACUAACGUCUCAGUUUUAGCUGUUAUUUCUGAGAUUAGGUUUCUCUGUAGGCAUUUUCCAGUCACAGCUAGAAGAAAAGGCGACGUCUGCGGAAUUUUAAAGCACAAUUUUGACAGCAUCCUGAUAGCCUGUGUCUUCCAUGCCAACAACCAACACAGCGGCAGCUGAGGCCAGCAUUACGGAGACAAAUCGUCCAAACGUCAUCCACAUGAGGCAUGCUGGAAGCAUGCGGUCCACCCAUAGAAGAGAUGCUGGAGUGUGGCAUCAAACAAGGAGUCUUCUCUACAAGAAUCUGCUCAUCAAAUGGAGGACCAAGCAGCAGAGUCUUCAGGAACUGAUCCUGCCUCUUAUGCUGCUGGGUCUUCUCAUACUCAUCAAUGACCUAAAUCCUCAUGUUUCUUAUGGAGGCAUCAGCACCAUGGAGCUGGAGCAGGAGAACCACUUCUUCAAAGGCCUGGGCUACACGCCGAUCACCAACAUCACCAACCACAUCAUGGAGGAGGUGGCCCAGGAAAUGCUCAUGCAGGACCGUCUGGAGAUGUUUGCCAGUGAAGAGGACCUGGAGAACGCCAGCCUUUAUGAGCCAUCCAGCUAUGUUGGCGUCGUGUUUACAGACAGCUCUGCCAUGUCUUACAGACUACGGUUUCCAUACAACCAGCUCCCUCUUCCCAGCGAUUACACAGAAACUAUUGCCAACUGUUUUACCAGCUCAGUGAACUGCAGAGCAGCUAAUUACUGGUACUCCGGCUUCAUCCGCCUCCAGUCUUUGAUCGAUGCUGCCAUCAUUCAGAUGCAGACAAAGCGUUCAGUUCGGAGUGAGAUGGACGUGAAGGUGGUGAUGAUGGGUCAGCCCGGCUUUGUGGAGGUGCAGAAGUUCCCCCACGCCCUCAUCUCCAUCUACCUGGUCCUGGCCUUCACACCUUUUGUCACCUUCCUCAUCGUCAACGUGGCGGCUGAGAAGGAGCAUCGGCUCAAAGAUACCAUGACUAUGAUGGGGCUUUAUGACACUGCUUUUUGGUUGUCAUGGGGCCUCCUGUACGCUGCUCUGGUGACCACCAUGUCCAUCCUGAUGGCUAUUAUUGCUACAUUCACCGCCCUGUUUCCUAACAGUGACUUCUUUGUGAUUUUCUUCCUUAUUUUUCUCUACGGAAUAUCAUCGAUCUUUUUCUCCUUCAUGCUGACUCCGUUAUUUAAGAAGCCAAAGUUUGCCAGCACAGUGGGCUCCAUGCUGACGGUGGUGUUUGGCUGCUUGUCCCUGUUCACUGUGCUGAUGAAGGACUUUCCACAGCCAUUAGUCUGGCUUCUCUGCCUGCUUUCCCCAAGCGCCUUCUCCAUCGGGAUUGCACAGGUGGUUUACCUGGAGGCCCAGAGAGAUGGUGCUGUGUUUUCCUCCCUGGCAAACGGCCCUCAUCCUCUUUACGUGCCCCUGCUCAUGCUGGUUCUAGACUGCAUUCUCUACCUUCUUUUGGCCAUUUACCUGGACCAGGUACUACCUGGUGAGUAUGGAAUGAGGAGGUCCUUGUUGUACUUCCUGAAGCCGUCCUAUUGGUCCAAACGCAGGAAGCGCUAUGUUGAAGUGAGCUCGGUGUACGACGCAGAGGUGAAAGGUGCUUCAAGUGGGGAUGAAUGCAUCGAGCCGGUUUCUCCAGAGUUCAGAGGGAAAGAAGCCAUCCGCAUUAAUAACAUCCACAAAGUGUACAAAGAGAAAGACAAUGUGGUGGAGGCUCUGAGAGGUUUGACAUUUGACAUCUACGAAGGCCAGAUCACGGCCCUGCUCGGACACAGCGGGGCGGGAAAGUCCACUCUCAUGAACAUCCUGUGUGGCAUCUGCCCCCCCACCAAUGGCUCGGCCACCAUCUACGGCUCUCCUGUGGCAGAGAUCGCCGACACGUCAGAGAUGAAGCAGCUGGUGGGAAUUUGCCCGCAGUUCAACAUCAUCUUUGAUGUGCUCACAGUGGAGGAGCACCUGAGGAUCUUUGCAGCCAUCAAAGGGAUCCCACCAGCGGACAUUGAUGCUGAGGUAACCAAAGUCCUGAAGGAUCUGGACCUGGAGAAGAUCAUGACAGCUCAGGCUAAGAAUCUGAGUGGAGGACAGAAGAGGAAACUGUCAGUGGGCAUCGCCAUUCUCGGAGAUCCUAAGAUCCUGCUCCUGGAUGAGCCCACAGCUGGGAUGGACCCCUGCUCUAGACACCAGGUCUGGUCUUUGCUGAAGAGCCGGAGAGCCGGACGAGUCACGGUCCUCAGCACCCACUACAUGGACGAGGCUGACAUUCUCGCUGAUCGAAAAGCUGUGAUCUCUCAAGGACAGCUGAAAUGUGUCGGCUCUUCUCUGUAUCUCAAGAUCAAGUGUGGUGUUGGAUACCAUUUGAGGAUGUCUAUCAGUGAGAGAUGUGAAACAGAUAAGAUCACAUCAUUGGUGAAGCACCAUGUUCCUAAGGCGAAGCUGUCCCGGCAACAUGAGGCCGAGCUGACGUUCACUCUGCCUUUUGAGAGCAUGGACACAUUCCCAGGCUUGUUCUCUGAGCUCGACUGUCAGCCUGGUCUUGGAAUUACCAACUAUGGAGUUUCUAUGACAACACUGGAGGAUGUUUUUCUACGCUUGGAGGCCGAGGCUGAGGUGGAUCAAGCUGACUACAGCGUGUUUAAUCGGGAGCAGGUGGAGGAUGAAUCUGACAACACCUCUCUGGAUGAUAUGGACCAGCGGCUGCUGACUUUCUCCGACAGCAAGUCGGACGUUGUGUCGGGUCAUGCUCUGUGGCGGCAGCAGUUCAGCACCGUGGCCUGGCUGCACAUGCUCAACAUGAGACGGGAGAGGAAGGCUUUCAUUUACACCCUGGCCUUGUUCAUGGUGUUUGUUGCUGCAGUCCUCGUCUUAUCUCUGGUCACAGGAAACAUCCAGAUUAACUCACCAGACCGCCAGUUUCUGCCCAUUUACCUCCUCAAAAGGAACCAGGCACCUCAUAGAUACACCACGAGUCUUCUGGUUCAGAACUCCUCAGGCUCUGACAUUUCUGACUUCAUCCACAACCUGGAGACUCAGAAUAUCCAGGUGGAGAUGAUGAAACACAGCGACUACAUGGCCGCAGCUCCACACAGCGCUGCCUUCAACGUCACAGGAUCCAGCAAGGGUUUCAGAUACAGUGUUGCGUUCAACAGCACCACGGUUCACUCUUUGCCCAUGGCUGUCAACAUACUGAGCAACACUCUCCUCAGAGGUCUAAAUGGUACUGGACAGAUCCGAACCUGGACCAAACCCUUUGAUUAUAAAAUCUCAGAUUCUACCUCCUACGCUCUGGUGUACAUAGAGGCCAUCAUACUGGGGAUGCUGGCUGCUGGGAUGCCGGCAUAUUUUGCAAUGGACCACACCCGAGAUAGAGAGAUCAAGUGUCGCUCCACCCUGCGUAUCUCUGGUCUGGUACCCUCAGCCUACUGGUGUGGACAGGCAGCUGUGGACAUCCCCUUCUACUACCUCAUCCUCUCCAGCAUGACCGUUAUUCUCUUCUCCUUCCACACCGGAAACCUGCUCACAUCCAGCAACCUCACAGCUGUGGUCCUGUGCAUCGUUGGCUUUGGUCCAGCCAUGAUCCUCUUUACUUACAUGUUUUCUUUUGGCUUCGCCCGAGUCCAGAGCAACAGAGAUUUCUUCUCUGUCAUCUCUAUGAUGGUUUGUGUCGUCUCAGCAUGUUUGGUUCAGUUGUCAGCCCAGCUGUUCGACAGUCCAGAACUGUCGAGAAACCUGCAUAACAUUUUGUGUUUCUUCAACCCUCUGUACCCUCUCAUGGGCUGCCUCAACUGCAUCACCAAGGCGACCUUCCUCCCCUCUCAGUAUGAAGAAAACUCCUUAUGGAAAAACCUGCUGAUUGCAGUGGUUGCUCCCUACCUUCAGUGCAUCUUGCUGCUGUUCCUGCUUCGGAGACUGGAGAUCAGUUAUGGAGGGAGGACGAUGAAAGAUGAUCAGUUCUGCAGAAUCUCAUCCAAGUCGAAGCCCAAAGUAGAGAGAAAUCCUGAAGAAGGGCUGAAUGAGGAUGAGGAUGUUCAGAUGGAGAAGGCUAGAGUGAAGGAGGCGCUCACCUGCCAGUCCUGUGAAGAGAAACCCGCGGUGGUUGUGAGUAACCUGAGGAAGCAGCACAAGGGUAAAAGAGAGGGCUUUUCCCUGAAUAAGACGAGGAAAGUGGCCACGAAGAACAUCUCUUUCUGUGUUCGCAAAGGGGAAGUUCUUGGGCUGUUAGGCCCCAACGGAGCAGGGAAGAGCACCGUGAUGCACAUGCUGGCAGGUGACACGGACCCCACUGCAGGCCAGGUGCUAAUGGGGGACUACAGCACAGAGUUCCGUCCUGUAGAGAAUCCUCUGGAACAUGUGGGCUACUGUCCACAGGUGAACCCUCUGUGGCCGAGGAUCACUCUGCAAGAACACCUGGAGAUCUACGCUGCCAUCAAGGGCCUGAAAGGACAGGAUGUACCAGGGAUCAUCAAACGUGUGGUGAACGCUCUGGAGCUUAAAGACCAUCUAAACAAGCAAACAAAGACCCUGUCAGCAGGACUGAAGAGGAAGUUGUGCUUUGCGUUGAGUAUGAUUGGGAAUCCUCAGAUCGUUUUACUGGAUGAGCCGUCAUCAGGGAUGGACCCAAAGUCUAAACAGCGCAUGUGGAGAGCCAUUCGAGCCGCUUUCAAGAAUCGCCAGCGGGGAGCCAUCCUCACCACACACUAUAUGGAGGAGGCCGAGGCAGUGUGUGACCGUGUAGCCAUCAUGGUGUCCGGCCAGCUGAGAUGCAUCGGCUCCAUCCAGCAUUUAAAAGGAAAAUACGGUCAAGGCUACAGCUUAGAGAUAAAACUCAGAGAGGAGCUGACGGGGCUCCAGCAGGUGGCGCUGUUGCACAAAGAAAUCCUGCAAAUCUUUCCUCAUGCUGCCCGGCAGGAGAGCUUUGCUACUCUGAUGGUUUAUAAAAUCCCCAUGGAAGACGUCAAAUCACUGGCCAGGUCUUUUUCUCAGCUAGAGAGUGCCAAGCAAACCUUCAACUUUGAAGAGUACAACUUCUCCCAGUCCACCUUAGAGCAGGUGUUCAUGGAGUUUGCCAAGGAGCAGGAGAACGAGGAGGACGAAGUCGGCUCCCUCAGCACGACUUUCCAGUGGCAGCGUCUGCAGCAGGACGGGCCCGUCUCAGUCAACCACACGGACAGCAUCGUGCACCAGCUUUAAACUCGGGCUGAGACAUUUGCAGGCUGGUGACUGACCAGCGCUGAACCGAUCCCGACUGCCAGGCUUCACCCUGAGGGUUCACGCCAGCACUCGCACACCACACACCACCAGACGCCCACUGCCCUUAAACGGGACAGACCUGGGUGAAGACUCACCCACACUGGAGCUGAGUGUGCAUUCAGGCUCAGGGCUGUUAGGGCCCGUCUUUCUGGCUCUGAGGUGUGCAUGUGUGUAACCCUUGACCACUGGUGCUCCGUGUUUUCUGAAUCGCACUAACCGAGGGGCCUGGAGUCUUUCUCGACACACCGAUGCGACACUACUCCUCUUUCUUAUGGUGUUUUUUAUCUUCACAGGGAGUCAGUCAAAGGAAAACAUAUACUAUAUAUGAAUAAUCUAUUUAUGCUUUAUAAUCUUUCCAUCCGUUCUCCUCUGAAGGAGACGAUACAGUCGGUGUGUUUGCUCGUCUCUUCUCGUUGUGUUUGUGAAAAUCUUUUUAUAGCACUACCAGAACUGGGCUCCAUCCACGAUUGUACCAAAGCAGCACAUCUUUGAAGCACACACCACCACACCUCCUCACACGUCCAAGCAGACAAGUACCUUUUGUUUUUAUGUGUUGGUAGCACAUGCAAAAACAGUUUGCAUAAUAGUUCUUAAAAGGAAAAGGGGCGGAGAAAAGAGGAAACGUCCUGAAUGCCUGUUUGGUCAACUCAGUCCUUAAACCUUCUGCGCCCCGUCUGAACCCAGGUGAUAGACCCGAGUCUCUGUUCCUCAUUUAACACCAGCAUGCACAUCUGAACAUCCAGAGCCUCAUUUGUACAUCACAUUACAUUCUCCAGGACUGAGUGUUUCAUGUGGAAGCCCCUCUCUGCCACAACAAAACAGGAAGGAGAAAUGUGAAAGCUAAGCAUUUAUGAAAAAAAUCAGAGCUUUAAGACAAAAAGUCAGAAUUAUCAUCUUCUAACUGUGUCUUUUUAAUUCCAUAAGUUUACUUUUAUCUUAUUGUUAGACGUUACCAUUAUAAUUUAGACAUUUCUUGGAAUUUUUAGUCCAUAUUUUCUUUUUCCAGUGGGCUCCCAUACUUUCAGCAUGCACGCUCAUGAUGAGGUUGACUUUUUGAGGAUGUGGCAGUCAGACGGAUGUUGGGAUGAGGGUUCGACACCCCGUGGCCUUCCUCUGCAGGUUUAGCUUUGAACUAGAGCCCAUAGAAUGGGAAUAUAGAAUAGAAUAUGCACACCAGUACAUGUAGCACACUGCCCUUGUCAGAUAAAAGCCAGGGCAGAUAACCUCAAUGGUGAGAUGUGACACUUGAGGGUGUGAUCCGAUCCAUACAGGGCUUGUUGAGAGCUCUUGGGACUUCUUUCAUCUGGGAUUUCGAGGAUUUUUGUGAUAUUUUGAAUGUACAUUUGGCCUCCGGUAAGAGGAGGGUUUGUAACACAGCGGUGACUGCUCUCCUGACGUCACUCUGUUUCACUUUGGUGCCACUUUGACUCACACAGCUGUGUUCGUUAACUCUAUCUAGCCUGUUUUGUGAGUGUGCGUGUUAAUUGUGUUGUAUAUAUUUUGUGUAGCUGUGGCUACUUCUGCAUAAUCUAAUAUUCGUACAUGCAGGUGCGUUGUUGGUGCAAUACCUAUCAGCAAACCGAUAAAUUGUAAUUUUCUUCUUGACAUUCAGGGUAGAGGACGAUGGUUAAAGGGAAUUUAAGAUUUAUGUGGAACAGACUUGAGAAAUAUUUGGUUUGUUGGAGUGAGUUUAUUUUAUUACUGAUCAUUAGGGAUGCCCUGAUAAUUGUUUUGUUACCACUACACAUCUGUGAUCUAAUUUGUGACAAGAAUGAUUCCAUAAUUCCAGUCUAUGAAAUGCACAUUUUUGGUUAAAGUUUUGAAUCAAUCAGGGCAUCUCUACUGAUCCUGAUCAGAGGUGGGAGAGUUUUAUUUACCUAUACGUGCUAACAGAGCAGCUUCUCAUCCUUUACUUGACAGUAUGACAGGGCUUACUUUAACAAAGGGCGGCUAAUGAAACACAAACUACAACCGAGCACAGCAGCAACACAAACUCUGGCCUGAAAAGCCUGUAGAGAACGUGUUUGUUCUCUGGUCGAGUAGCGGGAAGGUGGCGUUUGUCCCUGUUUGUAGGUUAGAACACUACAUUGUGAAGUUUUUUUGGCGUCUGUCUACUGAAGCUUUUUAAAGAGGUUUUUGAUAUGAAUUAUAGAUGCUUAUUGGAAAUAAAUGACCCAAUAUGAAUUCUGGGCUUUGUAGUUGUUGGUUUUACACGUUCAUGUCUUUGCUAAACUAGCAGCUGUUUAUCUGUUGUUGAUUUUAUCUACCAUUUUCACCCACUUGGUCAUCAUGAAAUGAGCAGGAGCUGACUUAGGCUGGCCACACACCAGAGGUUUUUCAAACCUGGACUGAUUUCAAAAAUGUGGGCAACUGUAGAUCUGAGGUCAGCGCCGUCCAAUCUGCCGUGUAAUCCUAACUACGUAGAGAGUGACCCGUGUUCUAACAUGCUUACACAGCACCGGCGACUACACCUGACAGAACAGCAAUUAAACCGUGAUUUCUCAGUGAAUGAUUCGUGUGCCACAUCUCCUGUCCUACCGUAUUUAAUAUGAGCACGGAGUAGUGCUUUAAAGAGAGCUGGCUUUGAUUGUGGAUCGUAGAGAUGGUGUAUUGUCUCAUCAAAAUACCUAGUAGGCGUGUUCCUACAGUUGUUCCAGCUGUUCCUUACUCUUACAAGCUCAUGGAAAAUGCAACAUAAUCAACUCGGAUGUGACAUCAUUCUCAGCUCUAACAUCCAACUUCCGGCUCUGGCUUCAUCCAGCAAAGUCAAAUAAUUAUACAGAACCCCCACACUUAAGGAUUAUUUGGACAAAAAAAAUCAGUCGCUACAAGCCUCGAAUCAAGCCCAAAAUCUUAGUGUGUGGCCAGCCUCACCAAGUAUCAUUCACUUUAACACCCGUUACAGACAUGACACCAAAUUACACUCUCUAAAGACUAAUGCUCAACUUCAGAUGGAGAGUGGAAGAAAUGUCUGUGCAUCUUUAUUGAAGUAAAUAUGUCCAGUGGUUCUCAACUGGUCCAGCUUCGGGACCGACUCACUGGGAAAUGAGAAAACGACAACCACUCAAAUGUAUUGGAGGGAAAAGGUUGUCAUUACAGAACCCCAGUGGGGACAUAAAUGCUUUUUAUUGUACUCUGUUAUGAUGUGAAAACGAUGAAGGAUAUUUGGUGAUAUAUUUGACGAUAUCCAUUGUGCUUAUAUGUACAAAUUCACGUUAGCCGAUGCAAUGUAUAAAUUGAGGUCAGACCUAAAACUUCAGUUUUAAAGCACACUGAAAUUGGUAGAAAUUUUUAGAAUUGCUGGUGCCAGUAAUUCACUUUGUAAGCUAGUAACUGCCACCAUUGAUGUCACACCAAUGCCAUGUAUCUCUAGUGAUAACAUAAAUUCUGGUUGUUUUCCAGAGCUCUGUAGAAUUAAAUGCAUACUUGUGGGAAAACUAGCUUUGUAAUCCCAAAGACAACAAGAUGAGCCUCGUGAAAACAACCAACAGGCACUCUUUUAUUACAAAAAAACAGGAUAAAAUGAAAUACACUGAUAUAUAUCUGCUUUGGGCCUCCAUAUAUCAGAGACUCACUGCCAUGAUUGUUUUUCCAAACUCAUGUUCUCUGUAUAGUGAAAGCAGCUUUGCAACUUCUUUAACAGCAUGCUUCAAGAGGAAGUGUCUGCAACAAAUUCGCUCAGCUCAUGUUUCCUAAAGAGUUCAAGAAUGCUGGCCUUCUUUUUUGGCUGCAUUCAUAUCCACCAUAGACCUUUUGUAAAAAUCCUUAUUACAGUGCUUUUAGUGCAUGAGCAAAGCUAACCAGCUCCUGAAUACUCAUGACUGUAAAACACUUCAUUUGGCGCAAAAACAGCACUCAAAAACAGAAGGAACUACAUAUCCCACAGUCCAUCAGGAUAGUUUUCAGGCUUUCAUCCAUGUAUGUACCUUUGUUCUACCCUUGUCAAAGUUUGCAUAUAAAUUGCUUCAUUCUACGGCGGCAUGUAUUGUUGUCACCAACAUUUGAAAGUCAGACGUGACUCCACCAAUCAGGCUGUGACACUCUAGGAUUGUGGGUACAGUAGUCUUUUUGGCUGAGAUCCUUGAUAAACCAUGUUUUUCUCAAAAAAGCGGGUGAAAUCUUGCAAACGUUUGUCUCCUACAGGAGCUUACACUGAGGUAGCUCAUUGAAAGCCUAACUUGUACACUUCUGAUAAUAUAGCUAAUAAUCAAAUCCACUAUGGGAAUUUCACUUCUGUAGCCAUGCUGUUGAGCUCUCUUAGAGUGUAUGAGCAGCUCUCUUAGAGUGUAUGAGCAGCCCUCCAGUGGUGAAGCACAAUGUAGUGUGCUGUUUUUACCCCACUGUAAUGAUGAUCAAGGAAAGAGGGAGAUAGCAUGGUACCAGGAGUGUCUGCCAUGAUUAUUUCCUUCAAUUUCCUGACCCAUAGAGCUUGUUAGCUUGGUUUACAAAGUGGAGGCUGGUGCAUUAAUUGCUGAGGUUCAUGUCUGACUUGUGUCAACAAGGAGGCAAAACUGCUGGUCCCAUGACUGUCAAAGCAUGUCAACAACAAGUACCACACUUCUGCUUCUGCAUAGUUAAAGUAGAAGCGCUAGAUGUCACAGUAUUUAAGGGAAACUUAUAAGGCAGAGAAUUUAAUAUCAUUAUACAUAAUACAGUGUGAUUCUGUGCAAUAUGAUGCACUGUCUGAUGCCCCCAUGCUGUUAGGACAGGGGUUAUUUACAGGCCCCGACCCACCAGUUGAGAACCACUGAUUAUGUCAUUUAGAAUAUGAAACCAUAGUUAAUUUCUAUGAAGGUGUUUUGCACACAUGUAGCCUUGUUCCCAACGAAGGGGACUAGAUAAAACACUGGCUCUUUAACAGAUUAAUCAUGUGGUGAGGACUGCUGACAUCAUCUACAUAUUUAUGUACACACUGUAGGUUCUUUGUUUUCCCAAGUGCAAUGUUUGAUCACAUUAACAACUUUUUUCAUUCUCUCACAUUCAUUGUGGGUUCCAGAGUCUGUUUUAGUCAAACCUAGCCACCCAGAUAACAUCAGCUUCUGUGCACUUCUCCUCCCCUUGCUUCCAAAAACAAAAACAAAAACAAAACAAAAAAACAAACAAAAACAAAGCAUUUCACUGAAGAGAAACCAAACGAUUGUUUAGCUCAAAUGAUGAUGGAGCAUUUAAACCUUUGGCUUUGAAAGUGGAGCAGGUUUCUUUUUCAUUUUCCUGGUGGUGAUAUUAUUGCACUAUUUCUGGGAAAUUUUAUAACCUUUCUUUAUAUUAUGCAAUCUUUGUAAGAUUAUCUGUGCACUGAUUUUAUUUUUUAAAGACUGUGGUUUAGCUGUGUGCUGUAUUUUCCUCCUGUAUCGCCCGCAUGUCUGGAUGGACACUUGCCAUUAAUUAACUCUAUGGUUCUAACAUGACCUUUUCAUGAAUAAAUGUUCAAUCAAACUGA